GCUUAUAAUGUUCUGAUUUGUUUAUAAAAUUUAUGUUAUUGUCGACUAAAAUUAUAUGAUCAGUGCUAAAGGCAUCUGCUAGCAUAUCAACGCCGUCUGCUUAUCAUAUUUAAUAUGGACUUGCUAAAAAAUAUAGAUAACAAAGAAAUCUUUGUCGAGGUUCUUCAUUUGGCUGUAGAUUACCUCAUUGGAAAUAUAACGGAGAAACAGACGCUGCGUCUAUCGCAUAAAUAUGGAUUUCAAAAUCCAUACGACUUUUUGCUGGCCACUCGAACGUUAUCAGCUUUCUACAUGAACUACAAUUUAGACAUCAAACGAGAUGAUUCAACGUUGUUUCCCUACCUUAGUCCUGAAAUGAACCGGCUUGUGCCAAUGGUGCUUGCAGCGCGUCAACCAGAGGUAGCAACACACAAGUUGGACUGCGCCAAAGGAACGAUGCUGUUCAUGGAGUCCUUCUCUUGGGAUACACGUUUAAUAUUGGGGGACAGUAGCUUCGGUGAAAAUGUGCAUCAAGUCACAACUCUGAAUUUGAACUGCCGGCAAAACAAAACCAAAAGAACUAUAUUUUUUGAAAUGAAUAAGGAAAAGCUGAACUCCUUCAUUAGCUUAUUAGAGAAGAUUCUUGAGAAAUAAAAAGCAGUAAACCAAUUCAAAUUCAUUCAAUA